CUCCGCGCCGACUUAGCUGCCUCCUUUAAGCGUCUGUUGCUCGUCGUCGUCAGUGGAAUCGCAUAUUGAAAUCACUGGCCAGGGCUUCCGCUGCCGGCACUACCGUCCCAGUUUGAUUCUCCGUUGCCGAACUCGUAGGUUUCAGAAUUCAAAUCGAGCUGGAAAGGAACGAUGCCUCGGUAUUACUGUGACUACUGCGAUACUUACUUGACUCACGAUUCACCAUCUGUUAGAAAGCAGCACAAUGCGGGCUACAAGCACAAGGCGAAUGUAAGAAUCUACUACCAGCAGUUUGAGGAGCAGCAAACCCAGAGUUUAAUUGACCAGCGGAUUAAGGAACAUCUUGGGCAAACUGCAGCAUUCCAGGUUGGAGGUGCAUACAAUCAGCAUCUCAUGGCUCAAAGGCCGCGUCUUCCCAUUUUGCCGACACCUAUGAUGCCAAUUCCUGGGAACCCUAAUCUACCUCCCGGCGCACAACUAAUGCCUGGAAUGAGGCCUCCGCUUUUGCCUAGACCUGGCAUGCCACCUCCUGGUGCUCCAGGUUACAUGCCUGUUCCAGGGAUGCCUCCAAUGAUGGCACCACCAGGUGCUCCUUCCUUUCCUGGUCAAGUAAAUGGUGCACCAAGGCCACCUCCUCCAGGUAUAGUUCCAGCAAGUGUUCCUGGGAGUACUACGCCCAUGCCAACUGCUCCAGGUCCACCACCCUCAAUGGCUCCACCUCCCAAUUAUCAGCCGCAUACCCAAGCACCCUCAAGCGGGGGUUUUGAUAGCUACAACAAUGUUAAUCCACCAGCUCCUGAAGCAAAUCAUUAGUCUCUUAUCACAUGGUAUGCACUUGUCUUUCAAUCUGGUGAAUUGCAGAGCCCAAUUAACUUCUAAUUGGUGUUUGUUGAAAAUCUGCCUUUGUGCAUAAAAUUUUGCAGAUGAAACACAUCUGCGCAUUGACGCACCUAGAAGAAUCUAAGUAUCAGCUUUGCUCCAUGAAAUGUCUGGGAGAAAUUGACCGAUGCUCUUAUCUUACGAAGUCACACUGAUUAGUAUUUGUCAUUUUUUCUUGGGAAACUAGUUGGCUGGAACAUCAGGCUGCACUAUGUGUCCCUGUAUUGGCAAGUGAAAUGAGAAUUUGUUCUGCAAGUUUUGCUGUUUUAAAAACUUAGAA